AUGGGCGGCCAUGUGCAACUCGGAAUGCGCCAGAGCAAGUGCUUCGCGGAAGGCAACUGUAAACGAGUUUGCACGCAUCUUUCCACAACGCCUCUGUAG